UCAAAAUGUAGCAUAAUUUUAGUUAUAUGUAAAGAGACCAUUAUAACGCGCGUCAAUUGAAGGUUAAAUCUGAAUAUUGGAGUAUCACAAGGAUCAAAGUCAAAAUUCAAUAGUAACCAAGGGAUUUAAAGAGCAACUAUUCCUUUUAAACAAUUUAUAGCUAAGUAAAAUCAUUUUCUUUCACUAUAUAAACUCCCCUCAAUAUAUAUAACUAGAGAAGUGUUAUCUAAACAAUUCUUCAAGAAAAAGAGGGGAAAAUGGAAAAGGGUGAUAAAAAUCACUUUGUACUAGUUCAUGGAGCUUGUCAUGGUGCAUGGUGUUGGUACAAAGUUGUGACAAUUCUAAGAAGUGAAGGACACAAAGUUAGUGUUGUUGACAUGGCUGCCUCUGGAAUUAAUCUAAAACAUGUUGAAGAUCUCAAUUCAAUGGCUGAUUACAAUGAACCAUUAAUGGAAUUUAUGAAUUGUUUGCCACAACAAGAAAGAGUUGUUUUAGUGGGACAUAGCAUGGGUGGCAUCAACAUAUCUCUUGCCAUGGAAAAGUUCCCUCAAAAGAUUGCUGUGGCUGUUUUUGUCUCAGCUUCUAUGCCUGGUCCUGACCUCAAUCUUGUAGCAGUUACCCAACAGUUUAUUCAACAAAUGGAAGAACCUAUGGAUACUGAAUUUGUGUAUAACAAAGGACUGGAUAAAGGCCCAACCUCUGUCGUUUUAGGCCCUAAAGUCUUAGCAACCAUCUAUUAUCAAUUCUGCCCCCCUGAGGACUUAACUCUUGCAACAUGUUUGGUUAGGCCCGUACCAUUCUUCGAUGAAUCAGUCCUAUUGACAAACACUGCACUUUCCAAAGAGAAAUAUGGUAGUGUUCAUCGUGUUUAUGUUGUAUGUGAAAAGGACAAUGUGCUCAAUGAACAACGAUUUCAAAGGUGGUUGAUUAACAAUAAUCCACCAGAUGAGGUCCACAUGAUUCAAGAUGCAGGCCACAUGGUCAUGUUCUCUAAACCUAGGGAGCUUUCUUCUUGUCUUGUUAUGAUUUCACAAAAGUAUCAUUGAUAUUUCAACUUGUUUAUUAGUGGUGUAGUCACAUAUAGUCAGUUGAACAUUCUUUGAGAAAAAUUAUACAAUAUAAAAACAUUUUGAAGUAUACGAUCCUUCAUUACUUCCGUGUGUAUAUACAUAUACUCUCUUCAAUAUUGAUCUUUGAUAAAAUUUCAGAUACACUUAAUGAAAUUUCUGAUUUGGGUA